UUAAAAAAUUAUUUAUUCUCCUUUAAAUUCGUCCUCCGAUCGUUGCUGCUCUCAACUAAAUUUAAACAGUUCCUUUUGUGAAAAAUUUUCUCACCGCCCUCUCUGUUUCUCUUUCACUCUCCCUUAAAAGUUUCAAUUUUUCAGCUUCGUUGGGUUCUAACUUCUAAUUCUCGCGCUUCUCUGCUUUACCAGCUUCGUUCUCUUCACCUAAAAUGGCGACUGAACCUCCCUCGCUUCCUCCUUACCCAGAGGUAACCUUCCUUCUUCGUUCUUACAGGCAUUCUGAUCUGAGUUUCGCUUCCUUUUUACAGUCUCUCCGGAUGAUAAUGAAAGCGCUGGAGGCUCUCAACGAACCGAACGGUGCGAACAAAUCGGCGAUCGCGAAGCACAUAGAGGCAACCUACGGCGAGUUGCCGGCGAGCCACUCGACGUUGCUGUCUCACCAUCUCAACAGGAUGAAGGAGAGUGGGGAGCUUGUGUUCGCAAAGAACAACUACAUGAAACCCGACCCGAAUGCCCCGCCCAAGCGAGGUCGCGGGAGGCCGCCCAAGCCCAAGGCUCCUCUGCCUCCGGGUACCGUGCUUUCCCCACCGAGGCCCAGAGGCCGCCCACCUAAGGACCCAAGUGCUCCGCCCAAGCCCAAAACUUCAACCGGAAGUGGCAGGCCCAGAGGAAGGCCCAAGAAAGUGGCCCGAACUUCACCGGAAAAUGUCACUGUUACAAGCAGGCCCAGAGGCCGGCCUCCAAAGGAGAAGCCCGCGUUGACUGAAGUGAGCGUUGGACAAUAGGUUUCUGAAUUAGGAGUAGUGAUCUUUCGCUGUGGUGAAGUGGGUGUGGUAGUUUGUGUUGCUGUAAUUGUGGUGUAAAAUUUGUGUAGUGUUAGUGUAGUUUAGUGGAAGUUCCCUGAGGCCUUGUGGGUUUUCUAAUUAUCAUAGACGACAAUGACUUGAUUUAAUGAUCAUUCUGGUUUCCGAUUCA